AACACAUAGACAUUUGGCAAAAUCUCAGCCUCUCUAUCAGUCUAGCUCUGAUGAGUCUUGGACAUUAAUUACUGUAUCCUCAGCAAAAUCAAAAAGCCCCACUUCAGUUCCUGGGUGCAGGCAACGUAUGGCAGAACAACGAUCUCUACGUGAUUCCACCACUUGAAGUCCAUUGAUUGGGAAGGGCAGAGUAAAAGAUCCAAGAGCGCACUGAUAUGCUGAGGCUGAAGCAUUUACAAGCUUGGAUGGACUCAACAGGCCGUUGAGUGAAACGCUGGUGAGCUUUACAGUGUGCUGUUGAUUCUCUGAUACGGGCCGAAUCCUGACGUUACCAUGAAGAUCUCUGGGACUUCACUCGACCUGAGUGCAACAGACUAUGGGAUAACCCUGGACCCUACAUUCACCAUGCUGGAGUUUGACGGUCUAUGUGUUCUCCCUGUACAAACAGAGCCACUGAUUCCAGGACAUGUGCCUACAUCUGUACCAGUGGCUGCGCCGCAGCAGAGCAGCAUGAAUCUCUGUGCUAUCUGCGCAGACAGAGCUACAGGGAAACACUACGGUGCAUCCAGCUGCGAUGGCUGCAAGGGCUUCUUCAGGAGGAGUGUACGCAAGAACCAUGCCUACACAUGCAGUUGGUUUUAUUUUUCUCUUUGUUUGUGUCUCUUAGCUGUUCAGAAUGAGCGUGACCGUAUCAGCUGUCGUAGAGAAGGUCAAGGCGCCGGGACUCUCACCAUUGAUGUGCUGAUGCAGGCAGAGGUUUACACUCAUCAGAACCAGAAUCCCAUGAGGGACAUCAACACCAAGAAGCUAGCCGGCGUGGGAGAUGUGUGUGAAUCCAUGAAACAGCAGCUACUCCUCCUAGUGGAAUGGGCGAAGCGCAUCCCUGAGUUCUGUGUGCUCUCGGUGGAUGACAGGGUGGCACUGUUAAGAGCUCACUCCGCUGAGCACCUCAUCUUAGGAGUGGCACGACGUUCACUUCCCUUCAAUGGCAUCAUCCUGCUGGGAAACGACUUCAUCAUUCCUGUUCGAGGCACCGAGCAGGAGAUGUCCAAGGUAGCCACUCGUAUCCUGGAAGAGCUGGUGAGACCCCUGAAAGAGCUGAACAUCACAGACACUGAAUUUGUCUGUCUCAAAACCAUCGUCUUCUUUGCCCCAGACUGUCCUGGACUGCAGUGCUCUCAGGCAGUGCGCCGACUGCGAUUCCAGGCCCAGGUGCUGCUGGAUGAGGCCACGAGCGAGCAGCGAGGCCGGUUUGGGGAGCUGUUGUUGUUGCUGACCACACUCCAGAGUGUGGCCUGGCAGAUGGUGGAGCAGCUGCAGCUGAUGCGUCUCCUGGGCAAAGCCAGUGUGGACAGCCUGCUGAUGGAGAUGCUCCUGGGAGAAGAAGCAAGCAGAGGAUCUGAAGCACUGCCAGCCUCAGAGUCAAAUCCUGAGCCACUUAUAUUCACCACAGCUACAGAGUCUGUCCUCUCCAGAGGAAUACUGAUGGAGCAUAUCCCAAUGCCUAACUUCACAUCCGUGAUCCUUCCUGUACCCUCAUCAGCUUUGUCUGAAGAUCCCCUGCUACCCACACACACCGGGCCUGAGGUCUUCACACAUGGACAAGCAGCAGACAUGCCAAGAGAAAUGUCCAACAGUCUCGCCAUGCCAACUGUCCACACGUGCCUUUAACCACAUGUAUAAAGGUCCUCAGUUAAACAGACAUGAAUAACUUUAUAUACGUAUGACCUCUGCUGAUAAACACAUAAAACUGAGGACAAGGAGUCAUUAUAUUUUACAUACUGUAUAGUGAGUAGGAUCAUGCAUAAUAUUAGUGUUAAAAUCUAACAGUGUUAAAAUUUUAAUGUGAGUGCAAAAUGAACACAAUAAACGGUCUCCAAGCAGUAUAUAAAUAUUUUGUAUGGAGAACACUGGUAAAUGAUUGUCUAAUUUAUUGGAUGGUGACAUGGCAGGGCGCAUGCAUAAACAUCACAGUUCAACAACUCUCAUGGGUUCAUGGUUCAAUCAGAUACCAGAUGUCAAACACAUGAGGGUUGGUCUGCCGUAUAUGUAGAAAAAGGGAUGCCUGAUUUAUUCCCACUUGAAUAUAUCAUAAGAGAUUUCCUAUAGGCCUUAAAUAUCAUUGUUUUGUUAUCAGAUCAUACACUGUAAAAAUAGAUAAUACUAUUUCAGUUUUUGUACUUGAAAAUUUCACAUU